AUGAUCUUACAANAAAAACAAAAAGAUCAAAAUCAGAGUUUAAACUCUUCUCCAAAUAAUUCAAGACCAUGUUCACCAAAUCUUUACUCUUUUACUCAAGAUGUUGUACCAAACUUCACUGGACGUAGACGCCGAGAGAGCGCCUUUGAUAUUAAUAAUAUUGUCAUUCCUUGUUGUAUAGUACCAGCCAUAAGGGUGGAGAAACUUCAGUAUAAAGAAAUAUUAACACCCAAGUGGCGCGUCAUGGAGGAUAAGAAAGAUAAUACCUCAUCAUCUAACAAUUCAAAAGAAAACAUUGAAGAUCUUUCCGAUGAAGCGUUUUCGGUUCGGCACCAAAAAUGUGAAAUCAAAGAGAAAAAGUGGUUCACCAGUUACAUCAGAGUACGAACUUACGGGCGAGGACGAUCUCGCAGCUUGCGCUUUGACGUAGUCCCCAACUCUCCUCAGCCUCUGAACAGCGACCAAGAUCUAUUUUCGGGAUGUGAUAACCUACUCUCUACUCCUUACUCACCAGAUGUGUUCUCCACUGUUAGCUCCAGCGAUAUGUCGCCGGAGGAAGAGACUAAAGACAGUCUGCUAGAGGAGGAAACUAGCGAUACUAUCGAUCAGUCACCUUUUCUACCCAUAGAAAGCGCCGAAAUAGCCAAACCCUACGAUUUGCGCACUUUUCCUCUUUCGGAAGAUGAGUAUAAAUCCAUGUUAAAGGAGGCAGCCGAACCGGAAGUGUCUGAAAUCAGUCGACCUCGUCAGAUCGAAAAUCAUUCGGAUGUAUCUGUCGUUCAUUAGAACAAGUAUAGCGAUUCGAACAAAGCCGCUUGUGUACGGGGUAUAGAAAAA